AUGGGCAAUUAUCAGUCUUCAAGGAGUUUGUGCGGCAAGACUGGUACCGCAGACGCAAUUUGGAAUUGCCAUGGGUUCCGUCAUGUCGUUUCUCUCAAUCGUCGGGCUUGUGGGCUCACCUAUAAAUGGAAAGAUUCUCGAUGUUUGAGGUUACCUUGGAAUGUCGCUGUUUUCCGGACUGAUGAUGCUUUUAGGAGGAUUGGUAUUUCUAGCCGCACGAAUACAGCUCAACAGCCAAUUACUGGCGAAGGCCUAGGUCGAAGAUAUAAUUCCAUGCAUAAUCUCUACCUUCAAAGAUGUCCAGUUCUCCAUGUUCGUGCAGGGGUUACCGUCCAAAAUAUUUCCAAAUUAUUAUAUCAUAUGCCCGCACUGUGA